UCUAUAUUAAAGAGAGUUUUCCUCUUUGAAACCAUUAUAGGGCUUUCAAAGCUGCAUACUGAAUUUCAGAAAAAUUAAAUUUGAACUGUAAAUUCAUCAGCAGUUCUCUUCUCAGAUGUAUCCAACUUAAUUAUCAUUCUCAAAUAAUGAAGACCAUAGAAGUUGCAGAAUUACAAAGAAAAUCAUGAGGAACUGGGAGAGGAAGUUUAUUCAAAGAAAUAAAUUAGGAGAGAAAGAAGAUUCAACAUCCUCCCCAGAUUGGAACAGUUUAUUUAUAAGUUCAAUUUCUUUUGCCCAAUUAUUAAAGUAUACAAGAUGAAUACAAGUGAAGUAGAUUUCAACACAAAACUGGAGAGCAGCACAGAUGAUGUUAGCAAAAUUUCUUCAUCCAGUUCAACAACUUGGUCCAAGUUAAAGAAUCCCCGAAUUGUGCGUGUAUCACGAGCAUUUGGAGGAAAAGAUAGGCAUAGCAAAGUCUGUACCGUAAGGGGCCUUAGAGACCGGCGCAUAAGGCUUUCUGUUCCGACUGCGAUACAAUUAUAUGAUCUUCAAGAUCGAUUAGGGCUAAAUCAGCCAAGCAAGGUGGUUGAUUGGCUACUUAAUACUGCAAAGCAUGAAAUUGAUGAACUUCCUCCUCUCCAAAUCCCUCCAGGGAGCUUUAGCCAAAGCCUUCACCCAGUGCUAAAUUCUCAUGAAAAUAUAAGACCUCCUCAAUCUGGUAAAGAAGUCCCGAAGAUCAGUAGCUGUUUCAAUUGGAACGAACCCUUAAAACAAUCCCGAACAGAUCUAUGGAUGGACAAGUCUAAGGGUGUUGCAGGAGAAACAAAUAUGGCAAGAAGUGAAGAGGAAAAACUAUGUGACCUUGAGGGCCAAGAAGCAUAUGUUUCUACAAACAACCUUUUCCCAAGGCCUAAUCAAUCUUCUCUCCCAGGUUUUCUAAACAAUGCAAUGCCGUAUAAUUCUUUUCUCAGAUGGGAUCCUUCAAAUUUGUCAUUAUCUCAUUCGCGGAGCGCUGGAUUGCCAGCCCAACCAGAAGAUUUCCACAACUUCAACCUUGCACCAUUGUCUUCAUCAGCAGUAUCUGUCCCUUCGGGUUCUCAUCAGGUUCUUGUUUAUCAACCUAGAAUGACACAAACUUAUUUUCCUUCACCAGACGAAUUUGAUCCAAAACAAGUAAACUUUCAGAUGUUGAAUCCCAGUUCUCUAUUAUCAAAUUCCCUUACUUUGCCUAUUCACUCCACACCUGAACCAGUUGGACCAUUCCAUUUCAGCAUGACAGCAAGUGUUCCCCCUUCCCAAAACAACGGUGGAAGGAAGUCAAACAAACAUGAGUUUUCAGCUUUUUGAUUAAUGGAAUUAACAUUCUUAGAAUCGAGAUAUUUUUCCACAAAAUGCUCUUGAAGGUUGUGAUUUUAUGGAUGAUUUCGCGAAUUAGCUUCAUUGAGCUGCUGGGAAUGAUAAACUCAGGUCAGUAACACCCGAUGAUGUGAAUGUAUUUUACUAUACUGGAAGAUUACAACAUAAGAUUUUGCUGUUAUAGUUAAUAUUUAUUGCCCUCAAGGAUUGUUGAUCAUAGUUAAAGUUUGACAUUAUGAUUGUUUUGGUGUAA